AUGGCCGACGCUGGGUUUUUCAAGGGCACGUCUGCUGAUCAGGAUCGCCGGUUCUCUGACAAGGAGCUCAAACUUCUCAAGACUGGGAAGUUUCCUCCCGAAUUUGACAAAAAAGUUGACAUGCGCAAAGUUAACAUGACAGUGCUUCGACCAUGGCUUGUCAGCAAGAUCGUCGAGCUGCUGGGCUUUGAGGAUGAGCUGUUGGUCGAAUACGCCUUCGGGUUGCUCGAGGAUUCUAACCCUGACCCCAGAAAAAUGCAAAUAAACCUUACCGGCUUUUUGGCCAAAGAUGCGGCGACAUUCAUGACAGACCUGUGGAAGCUCCUGCUUGAAGCACAAGAAUCCGAGGCUGGUGUGCCAAGGUCUAUGGUUGAAGCAAAGAAGGAGGAAAUGCGCCGAGUGAGGGAAACUGACACUCGCGCGCUCGAGGAAAGGGACCGACGGUCGCGCCUUGACGAGAUACGUGCCAAUGACUCUGGGCGGGGCCGCGGACGUGGCAGAGGCAGAGGUCGCGGUAGAGGUGGCUUUGAUGACAGAGCACCGCGAGGCAGAGACGGUGGCUGGGGUGCCCGCGGUGGUACACGCCCACCCCCUCGUCGACAUUCUCCAUCUCGCUCGCCACGGAGAAGAUCGAGAAGCUCUACUCAUAGCGCAUCUAGCUCACGAUCCCCUGGUCCCGCCCGCCGAUAUCGCUCACGUUCGCCCCCGCCACACCGUUCAUUGUCGCGCACUCCUCCACGCCGAGACCGCCCCCGUGAAUCUCGUUCGCCUCCACCUCGGCGCAGGCUCUCUCCUAUGCAUUCCCGCUCUCCUGUUCAUCGUAGGCGCCGCUCACCCUCGUAUUCUCCCCGUGACAGACGUCCGCGCAGCCCACCCCCGCGUCGUAGACGCCCAUCGCCCAGUCAUUCUCGAUCUUCUCGUUCGCGGUCUCCACCCUACCGCGGAUACGGUCGACGCAGAAGCUUCAACCGUAGCCGCUCGCCACCAAGACGGAGACGUAGGAUGAGUCCGAGUUUCAGUCGCAGCCCUCCUCGACGAACAGGGGGACCAGAGAGGAGGCGAGGCGGUCCCAGCCGUAGCAGGAGUAGCGAGCGUAGUAGGACCAUGAGUGACGGGCCCCGACGCGCAGACAACCAAAAGAUGGACGUGGAACGCAACAGCCCUGAACUGAAGAUUCGGGGUCAAGCAGAAGCUGAGAAGCGGAAGGGCAAAUGGGACGAACAGGAUAAGGAUGAAGUACGUUACAUCAUGCUCGUUCAGGUUAAAACUUUAUUUAAUGCCGUCACCAAAGCCCACGGAAGACCCAGAGGAGCUGAAGAAACGAGAAAGCGAGCUGAAAGAGAGGGCGCUGCGCAAUAA